CAAAAAUCCUCUUCAUUUUUUUUGCUUUGUUGACGAUGCAAAGUGUUAAUUCAGGUAAGGAAAGCCAUCUCUUCAGCUCCGCGUCUGCGUUGGGCAUUUGCACUGCAUCUUUACGUGGUCUUUCGAUAAAAAGGCUGUUGUCUUGCAAUGUUUCUAGAUGCGGGUCGGGUAUCUUGCUCGCCGCAUUCUAAGUUUGCUAUUCUAGCCAAAUCUCUUCGGCCUAAGGAAGUCAGUUCGCGUAGUAAAGCAAGCUAUUUUGCACUUAUACUUUGCAGGUAACACUUUGAUCGUUGUUCGGGACGAAAAAAUUUUCGCAAUCGGACACGGAACAGGGAAGUGAUGAGGCAAAGAGCAUUCUAGAACUCUAUCAGUUUCUUUAAUUCGAGUCUCUAUCGCCAGAUUUUCCGAAGCAUUUCUUUAUAAUUUCGGAUGCAUUUCCAGUUAGGCGAUAGAGUUAAAUAAUAUUAACAGAUUUAUCAAUUUAUUACAGGCCACAAUAUAAACAGUUUGCCGGGGGGGGGGUACUCCCUUAUAUACGACCAUAUGGCUUUGUGUUAUCCCAAAGGGUGUAUAAUUUGCCCAUUUUGGUUUGGAAUCGGCUAUGGUUUUCGAGCGACCUAAUGGAGACAGAAAUGUAUACGUAUUUGCCGUUUCAAUUCCAAAAUGGGAAAGAAAGAGUAAUAUGCAAGUACGUUCGAAAUGGAUAUUGAUAUCUUUUUCCUGGCGUUCUAAUCUAAGUAAUGAAUAAACGAUUUCUUAGAAAUCAGGUCUUAUAUCGGGUAUGGAUUUUAAAGGAAAGGUCCGAAAACGGGUGUGGAAAAUCACAUUUUUUGGUCUAAAAUAGGGUCAGGAUUUGAAGAAUCGGGCGGCACACCCCCACCAAGAAUUCCUAGGAGUACUCCUCCCCCCGGGGCCAGUCCCUUUUGGCAAGUAGACAGCAUUGCAGUAUUCUGCUUGCAGAAUUUAAUAUGUCUACUUUUCAUUUUUGCUGAUCAGGUCUUUAUAGAUCCUACGUUCUACGGCAUAUUCGUUUGCGGUCCUUUGGAGUCCUUUGUGGUUAAUGUUUCCCUUUUGGCAAGCCGUUUCUAUUGACUCGCUGAGACUCGCUGAGACGCCGAGACCUUGGGUGCCACACAAACUUGCUGUCAAGUGGCAUCCGUUUCAGUCUAAACCUGACAGAAGUCAACUCGCUUUAAAUAGUCAAACAGCAUUUAACAAUUUGCAUUUGCUUUGUUGAGAGACAAUUUACACGUUUUUAGGUACGAAUAAUUCUGUAAUUAGGCACAUGCAGAUCAAGAAAGUGAAGCGAUACAAUCAGAUGGAUUUCUUUUAUUCGAUUCAGUCUAGCGUCGUCACGGUCAAAGCUUCGGAAUACUUAAGUGGAAGAAAACUCAUAGGGAGUUGAUUGUUGACAAAAGCAGUGUGGUGUACGCAUUCUAUACAACUGAGUGACUAUUUCCUGAGUCUCCCAGUUAAAAGCCAGUUCGUAUUAAAUAUAUCACAAGGAAGCCAGUAUCAAUGGACAGGAAGUCAAAGUCAAUAUUCGAAAUUCAAAACUGCUAACUUGACACCGCGACUUGUCUACAGUAGAAUGCCGCGAAGAAGAACCUAGCAUUUCUUGUAAUCAACAACAGUAUUCUUCUUCAUGAAAAUUAAGAACCUAUUUAGCCUAAACUUCCAAUAAAGACUCCAAACUAUGAGAAUCUAUUUUGCCAAGCUUCAAAAAUCUACGUUCUUAUUCGAAGCGUUUUACUGUACUGUUAUUAUAAAAGUUCAAGUUAUGUCUGACCCUGCGGAUAAUUGAAACGUUAAAGAAUGCGCCUAUGGCACGAAACAGUAGAGUGCGAUCAGAGAGACUUUUACAAGAAGUAAGUAGGCGGGGGGGGGGGGGGGGGGGGGGAGGGAGUACCUAGCAGCGAGGAGCUAGAAGAAAGACUUCAUUUGCAGGCUACCUGUAACUUUCAUUACAACUCCAUCGAAGAUUCACACUGCCCUACGUACUGGGUUGGACGAGGUGGCAGAUUUUUGCUUUUGGAUGUUAUGCAACCGGAAAAAAAAUUAUUAAAAUAAAUUUUCCUUUAUAGUCAUAAUCCAAAGCAUGUGCCACUUUGUUGUGCAGGGGUUUUCCUGUCGGCAUGAAAACGUAUCCGGUUGACACAUAUCGGAUGGGUUUUAUGCCAUACUUUGGUGCAUUCGCCCUGUCACGGAAGUAAACAGUGGCUAGUUUGGGCCUGGAACCCACUAAGACGGAAGUAAAUAUUCAGGAGUGAGGACUGGGAUUUAGGGCACCAAAGCCUCUCCGCCAACCGCGCCGCCGGCACGAUGUUUGAUGUGUGUGAACGACUUGUGCCGCCCCGGGCCGUUGCUGUUCACACUAUAUCCAUAUCUUUGCGUGGCGCCAUGCAAAGCUAUCCGUUAUUGUGUUAACACAACCUAUGUCUCUGCAAAUGGCAUUUGAAGUAUUCAGUAGGCCCGGGACACCUUAUUCCCGUCCACAGGGCCACUCGGCUUUAUUUGAAGCGAAGUGUCCUCGGGGCCGGGAAUGGUGGUACCGUAAUUUUAACGGUUUUUAUUAAAUAUUUUUCAUACACUUUCCUACAGCGACGUCAAUCAGCUUCAGAUGGUGUGCGAAGUCCACGGAGAUGGCCAAAUGUCAAGAAUUCAUCAAGUACGUGAACAAAACAGCUACAAAAAAAGGUUUACCAGUGGCUGUCUUGAGUUGUGUUAAUGGAAGCACAUCCGACAUUUGCAUGACGUUCAUCAAAGACAAUAAGGCUGACCUCGUGACACUGGACGGUGGACGUGUUUAUGAAGCAGGUACAAGAUUAGUUUGUCAAGUGUUGGAGAAAUUUUCUAGGGUUGGACCCAGUUGAGCAAAGGAGAAAGUGUUCAUGUACUCCGAAGCGGGCGCAUGAAAUUAGGAAGUUUCAUGUCGGAGUCGUGCAACGACAGCUCAGAAAUGUACAAAAAACGUGAUACUUGCGCAGUUUUUUUUGCUUAUAGAAACCCAUUACCUUUUUGUCGUUGCUGAAGCUGCCCAUUGUUGUGGUCCAGAAAUUUUUCUACCAUAGCAUCCCGAAUUAAUUGUUCAUUGGGGGUUCAUUGGGUUGCCGACUGCGCGAUACAGUGCUUUAAUAUUUUAGUAGCUAUAGCCGAGCAGUUCAAACAAUAGUCCAGUUUCGAAUUAAAAAUUACCGCUGAAUACAAACAUUAACGACGCAGUCAUACUGGGUUAGCCUCGACUAAAGGUAAAAUAUUCAGAAAUUCCGGCAAGUAAGUGUUUCAAAUUUGAAUAUACACAAUAGACAGAGUAAUAAACAGGUCUUUUUCUCGUUGGAAUUUGUGAAUAUAUUACUUCACAUGGAGGCUAAGCCUGUAAAAAUGCGUCUUCACUUCUUUAAUUCAGCGGUCAUAACGAACUCAAAGUGGAGUAUUCACUACAAGAGAACAUAGGACCUGUAUUCAAAUAUGACUCAUAUAUGACGCAUGAUUACAUGAAAACGCCAGAAAAAUUAAAAAACCCAAAUGGUAUUGCAGUCAACACCCUUCCCAGCAGACAUGGUAAAGGACCUUAGGUUAGUGUCCUCAACAGUCCAGUCUUUAACAGCGGGAGUAUAUUUCAGUCGAGCUUCUGUAAUUUAUUUUUGCUUGGGAUUUAGCUGCUGUCCGUAUUUUCGGGUUCUGUUAUAGCGGGAUGUCCACAAGGCGAGAGUUGACUGUACAUUAUAUUUCUUUAUUCCCAUUCGAUCCAGGCAAGAAUGAUGAUCUUGUGCCCAUUGUCUCUGAGCAAUAUGGAAAAUACGGAGUGAAGUACUACGGAGUUGCCAUUGUGAAAAAGAGCAAUACAGGCUUCAACCUUGAAGGUCUGAAGGGAAAAAAGUCAUGUCAUACCGGAGCUCGAAGAACAGCAGGCUGGAAUGUUCCCAUUGGGUACCUGCUACGCAAAAAAAUUAUUCCACCAGUGAAAUGUGAUACAGAAUUCCACGACUUUUAUUCAGCUUCUAAAUUUUUCCUUGAGAGCUGUGUACCAGGUGAUCUUUGCGAGCUUUCUUUGCUCAUUUGUUCGUUCAUCAUUAUUCAUUCAUUCCUCAUUCAUUCAUUCAUUCAUUCAUUCAUUAACUUUAAUUUAUUCAUUGGUUUAUCGUCCCAUUACCUCUGAAAAUAAACAAAAAACACUUGACAUAAGCCCCUCUAGCUUUUAUUAAAAUGAAUUCGAUUAAUUAAUAUGUAAAAGCCUAUAUUUUAUUAAUUAAAGGGGCUGUGUCACGGCAGUCCAGUGCAUUUUGUUUAAUUUUGCCAAUUACUCGCCCUCAAUCGCUAUGGAACUUAAAGCAAGCAAAGUAAUUACAGGUAAAUGACAAAAUCAGAGACCAGAGACAAACAAAUAUGUCUCCUGAGCAUUAUGUUUGAAGUUGCAAGCAGCAGGGAUCAACUUUGAAAAAUUGUCAGGUUGAACAGUUUUCAAAAACCCUAAUUUCAAUCUGUUUCAAUCUUCUUCAGUUUUGCGCAUCAGUGGCAUCUGUUGUUUCUUAUAUGUUAUUUUAACCUUCCUUUAAAGUUUUAAGCGGUUAUUUUUAUGUUUCUCUUAAUUCAACGGGCAUUUUGUAAUUUUCUAAUUUGGCUGAAUUGCGUGACACAGCUCCUUUAACCAAAUUAAAAGUAAAUGCAAAACGUAUUUUAAUCUGCCCUGUUUUAGCUUGUUUUGCUUUUUCUAUUCCGGUAACAAGCCCCCUCGGAUAUGAGUCCCUUCAUUUAUAAGCCCUCCUAAAAACCCCUUAUGAAGAUAUAUAUUAAGCUUAGGGCUUACAAGCGGCAAUUUAAGGUAUUUGAUACUUGACUAUUAAGUAAACGUGUUUUUACUAUUAGGAAGAUUUAAAAAAUGGUAAACGAGACAAUCACGAUGUUAUCAUUAUCAUUAAUAACAUUAUUAUUAUUAUUAUUAUUAUUACUGUUAAUAUCAUUAUUAUGAUUAUGAUUAUAAUAAUAAUUAUUAUUAUUCUUAGACAUGAUGAAUGACAUGGGCAUUGACUAAAAGCAGAAACUUUACAUAAUCAAGAAAAAGAUAAAUAUAGCCAUUAGGGCAACAUUUUACUUAUUUUGUUGUAGAAACAGGAACUGGAAUAGCCCAGACUUAAUGCAAUUUUGAUUUCUUUUCUUUUCUUUCCUUUUUUUUUUUUGGAAUAAUCCAAUCUCAAGCUGCAUUUGUAAAUUGCCUAUACAUAGCGAGAUUUAAAAUUGUACAUGCACAAACGCAAAUAAAGUUUCCAUCAUUAAUGAACCUAGAAACUACCUUAUAAAAUAAUCUCUUAAUUUCUUUGAACUUCGAUUCUUAGGUGUGAAAUCAUAUAAUGUACCUGCUGACGUUUCCGAGAAACUUUGCGCCAUUUGCAACGGUACCGGCUCUGACAAAUGUUCCAGGGACGUGAGCAAAAAUGGCUACGUUGGUUACCAUGGCUCGUUUAUGUGCAUGGCAGAAGGCAAGGGCGAUGUAUCGUUUGCUAAACACACAACUGUCGAAGAAGUGCUCACGAAAUACCCGGGAAAAUAUGGAGUAACGUCAGAUUACGAAUACCUCUGUAAAGAUGGAACAAGAAAAGGUAGAUAGCUAGUGAUAUUUGCCUAACAGGUAGCUAGAGACAUGUUGGCCCAGUUGUUCGCACACCAGUUAGCGCUAACUCGGGGUUAAAUUUUAACCCUGGUUUGUUUUCUUUUUAUCAAAAGUACCCUCUAGGAUAAUUUUCUCUAUUCUUUUUAGAGUAUCCAAUCAUCAAAUUGAAGGCAAAGAGAAUUAAACUAAAUUUGCUUUUUAAGCUCUCAUAUCUGAGUUCAAAUUUCGCACCAAUAGCCCUGGGUUAUCUUUUAACCCAGCUUCGAAUAACCUGGUCAAGAGGUUUAAGGAAAACUAACACUUACAGUAGCGAAACGUUAUUAUAAAAAAAGGACUUUUGACAAGGACCUACAUUUCAUUCUUCUAAAAGAUUUGUAACAUUGUCAGAUGAAUUGGUAAUAAACACUUAUGGGUUAUGGGCUCCUGCAUGACAUGUAAGUAGGUACCGCAACGUUAACCUAAGGUCUUGCUGUCAGGCGAAAACCGAAUCCAAUAACUGUUAAUAACCAAUUCAGGUGACAAUACAUUCACUGUACUCGAUGUUUUAGAACAUGCGAAGCUAUUUUUUACCCAGUUUAUGCAACUUUUUGUGACGAACGGCUGCUGUGCAUUUAGCUUAGAAACAUAACGCCAUAUGCAGCGGCUUUCUUUAUGGCAAAAUACUUCUCCUUUUCUGGUCGGCUUAAAUAGUGGGGAUAAUUCUUCAUAACCAGCCAGAAUGCUUGAAUUGUGCCAUACUCCUCAAGCUCAUUAAUAAUCAAAGAAAAUACAAAGGGAAUUAAUGUGUAAUUAGUGUUUGGAAAUCAGAUGAAAAACUGCUCAUUUUUGCAUCCUUGAAUUCUCUUUCUAAUAUCAUUUUGUUUGAGAAGUAAUAACAAGCAAAAUAAGGUCUAUUGUUUUGUCACACGUAAAGAAAUCGGGAUUCCAGAAUCCGGGAAAUGUUUGCUUGUGAAAUCCGGAAUCCCCCGAACGACUGGAUCCAGAACCCAAGUUCCACUGACAAGACUGAAAUCCAGCACCUUGAGUCCGGAAUCCACGGCAUGAAAUUUAGUCUCCAAGACUGUCUUGGGUUCUAUAAUAUGGGUGGAAACAGGAGCCCAUGAACGAAAUUGUUAGUUGUAACAGCCCAUAAUUUACUAACUAAAGUCUAACUAUACCUUUGUCUUAUCAGACAUUGGAAAACAUGAAGAGUGCUUUCUCGGGUUUAACGCUGCACAUGCUGUGGUAACAAGAGAAGGUAACAAGGACAUUAAUGGGAUUGUCACCAUUUUGACAAACAUGAGCAGCAUGUAUGGCCCCAGCCAGACUAACUGGACAAAAUUUCAACUAUUUAACUCCACAAAAUACGGCGGAGCCAAUUUGCUGUUCAAAGAUUCCACCACCCAGUUGGUAAGCAUCUCAAAAGACAAGAGGACCUACCAAGGGUUUCUGAGUGACGAUUACGUCAAAGACGUUCAGGCACUGAAGUCAUGUGACGAUGAGAGCUCAGUCUCCACCAAGACCACGCCCUACGCAGUGAUUGUGCUGCUUGUAGCUAUGGUUGCCGUGAUGUCACUGUAAAGUCAAACACAUAACCCUGUUUUAGCUUAAGCCAUGAUCAAAACAAAACGUUGUGAUACCUGAAGACGGUUCAACAUUCGAUUUAAGUUUUUUUUUUCUAGCUUUAAAUUUUGGUUAACCGAUAGAAGAAUUCAUUCGAACAGGGAAUCGAGGAUAGUUUUAACCUGAACUUAGACUGCAAAACAGUCGGUAUUUUUGCCUAUUCAAGUAGGCGCGAGCAGUCAAACAAAAGGUCUGGAACGAGGCUAAAAACAGAGAGCAAGAGUGGGGAGAGACGCUAAUUUUGAGAAAAAAAUAAUGACUGUUUUGCAGUCUAACCUGAACUCAUUUCCUUUUUGAAUUAUUAAUCCUCAAGAUCGUCAUUCUUUGGAGUCGUUCCUUUCCCGCCAAUCAGGUGCAUGGCGGUAUUCAAAGACUAAAAUUAUUCAAUACCGAUAGCUAGCGCUUUUGCGUCUUAUCUUCAUGUAAACUCCUGUUUCUCGUUUGUUCCUGGCUUAAAUUAAAGACAAUAUACAUGUUACCUCGAUAGCACUGAACCGACUAUAAGUAAAGUAGGUAUAGAGGGCGUGUUACAUGUGUGACAGUUUUUAUUCUCAGCAGUGAUAUGAGCUCCGGCGGGACUUCAAUAUUCGUUUCAAGGUUUUUUAUUGUUUCAGACUAGUCUAAAGUGGUUCAUUCAGUUGUUUGCUUGACCGUGCAGGUGAUAAGUAGCAAAAAAGCCUACUUUUUUGGCAGUGAUUAUUCAGGCUUAGAAGGCUAUUGAUCUUCAUGGAUUGUUUUAUGUAGCUUAAACCAAUAUGAACGGACAGUAUAGUCAGGGGUAAUCAGAGCUUUUUAUUAAAGCAAAUAGUGUUGCGUCUUAAGAAAGAAAAAACGGAGACAUCAGAUGUCAAGUUUUCAGCACGGCUUCAGAUGAUUUAUAUAUAGGCAAGAGCCAUAAUGGGACAGUAAUUAUGGCUCUUGAUAUAGGCUAACAAGAACAAAGCCCUGAUGCAGUAAGAAACAGUGAGAAAUGGUAAAUACAUGAUUAGCGAUGACAUCAAAUGUCAGGUUGGAAUGAUCAGGUCAGGG